AUGGCGGAAUCGAAAAUUCCGGUUGACAAGCUAAACAACCAGAACUACGCGAUCUGGAAGUUUAGGGACAAACUCUGUCUUUUGGUGACGCGGGAGAAAGUGUUGGAUGUGGUGACGAAUCCGAAGCCGGCGAAUGUGGAUGCAGCCUGGGUCGAAAACGACGAGAAGGCACAGGCAAUUAUCGGAUUGGCACUGGAAGACGGCCAACUGAUCCACGUGAUGCAAAAGCCCACGGCGAAGGGGAUGUGGGAUGCUCUGAAAGAUUACCACGAGCGUUCUUCUCUUUCGAGCAUAAUACACGUCGUGCGUCAGUUAAUAACGUUGCGGAUGCCGGACGACGGAGACAUGGCGGAACAUCUCAAGCAGAUGACGGCGUUGCGGAUUCAUCUAUCUGCUACGGCGAGGAUGUGA